AUGAUGCUAUCAUGUUUCCAGAGGACUUUAAAACUUUUUUGGAUUACCAUUUAUUUUAUUCUGACACCCGAUUCUGUGGUUCUUGCAGCUGAUCCAGCCUAUGAUGAGGAUGAUGUAGUGUACACUGGUGAACAUGAUGGAAGCAGUGACGACGAAGGAAUGCUUUAUCUUCCAGACUUGGAGAAGGCAAGAGGAGCUAUCAAAGACUGA